ACCGAGGGGGCGCGCCGGAGCUCAGUCCUGCUGGAGAGCACGGAACUCCCCCCACGCUCGGUCCCGAGAUGAUGGCCAGCAAGCGGGUGGCGAAGGAGCUGGAGGAUCUUCAGGAGAAGCUUCCCACGUACCUGCGGAACCUGUCCAGCGAUGAUGCGGACGUCCUGGUGUGGCAUGUGCUCCUUCUGCCCGAGAAACCACCCUACAACCUCAAGGCCUUCCACCUGCGCAUCAACUUCCCCAAGGACUAUCCGUUCAAGCCCCCUACAGUGACAUUCACCACCAGGAUCUACCACCCCAACGUGGACCACAACGGAAGCGUUUGCCUGCCCAUCAUCAGCCGUGAGAACUGGAAGCCUCACACCAAGACCUGCCAAGGUGCAACAGAGCAGCGUUGCUGUGGGUCAUGGGAGAGAGAAGCAUGGGCUGUGGAGGGAAGGGCUCUGCUGCUCUGUCUGCAGACCUUGGUGAGGUCUGUUCCUUCCCAGGCUCAGUGCACUAAAUGACAGUUGAGGACACUGGCCCAGUAAUGGCAGUACACAUCGAUGAAGCACUUUGAGCACCGUGCUAGGAGCUUCGCACACCGACUUCAUCUGAUCCCAGCAGCCCCAUGAAUGGUGUUCUCAUUGCCUCUUGAGUCGAUGAGGAUCCCGGGGCACAUGACAGCUAAAGCACUUGCCUACCGUCAUACAGCAAGUGGCCGAGCGGGGCUUCAAAGCCAGGCUUGGCUGACUUUAGAACAGUGCUACCCAGCAGAACGUUCUGUAGUGAUAGAAAUGUUCCAUAGCUGCACGGUCCAGUUCCUGAUCAGUAGCCACGGGUGGCUGCUGAGCACCUGAAAUGUGGCUAAUGUGACGGAGGAACUGAAUUCCUCAUUGCAGUUAAUUUUAAUUCAUUUCAAUUUAGGUAUAUACACGGUGGCUAGUGGCUACCUUAUAUAGUGGACAGUGCGUUUCUAGAGCCCAUGAGUGUAAUCUGUGUGCAGUCUGUCCUGCUUCUGGACCAGCUCAGGAGUUCUUUUUUUUUAAUUAAUUAAUUAUUUUUUAAGAGAGAGAAAGAGAGCGUGUGUGUGUUUGCACGAGUGGGGGUGAGAGUGGGGGGAGGGAGAUGGAGAGAAUCUCAAGCAAACUCCCCACUGCGUGAGGAGCCUGAUUCAGGGCUCGAUCUCGUGACCCUGAGUUCAUGACCUGAGAGCACAAGCUGAGCUGAAAUCAAGAGUCAGAGGCUUCACCGACUGAGCCACCCAGGUGCCCCGGCCAGCUCAGGAGUUCUUAGCCUUUGGAAACAAGGAUCCCCAGAGGGAAAGGAGGAGUCACCCAGGGGGACUGUGGAGCACUCUUAAUGUAGAACCACAUGUUUGUGUGUGUUCAUAUGUGCACCUGCCUUGAGCGAUGGACCACUGCCUUCACUGGGCUCCCAGAGCCACAGGGCAAUAGUGGUUUCCAGUCUUUAGCCUCAGAACCCUUUUUCCCAAAUAAAAGUUGAUUUGAAAUCCUAAUAUCAAGCA